CGGUUGGAGACAGAGGAGACAAGUCGGCGCCAUUUUCUCCCUCCCAUGCAGUACUACACGGUAAGUGCAAUUAACUCAAACUUACUGAAACAAUUAUAAAUUGAUGCUGAGAAUUUCAGUAUGAACAAUGAAACAUCUACAGAGAAUAUAUGCCUAACAAAACCGUGUUUGUUGCCAGGUCUGAGCAGCAAAUUUGUCCUGGUGAUUAGUUAGCUAGAAGUGUAUGGUAAGCUAGCUAACAGUUUGUUACUUAAACCGUCUCCAACUUUAUCAAUGAUGAUUUAUUGAAAGGAAAAACAAAGCGUUAUGUUUUUUUACUGUAUAAAAUCUUGUUUGAGGCUGGAGCUAACGUCUUUUUCCCCCCUUCACUUUGAACAUCAAAGGGGCCGCAAACAACACGUCCCAACAUGCAGACGGUGUUUCACGUGUUGGCUGUGUGACCAGCGUACACUGUAUUUGGUGAACCAUCAGAUUCUAUGACCUGCAGUGUUGGAAAAAGUACUCAGAUAAUUUACUUAAGUAAAAGUAUAUAAGUAUUACCAGUUAAUUGUACUGAAAUUACUAAGUUAAAGCUAAAGUACAAAAUUAGCAGAAAAAUCGGGCUGUGACUGAUAUUUAACAUUUAUUAAACAUUUAUUAAACAUUUAAGUGCUUCAUUAAAUACUGAUGAGUCAAUGCAUAAGCAGCAUUUUAAUAUCUCAGUCACAGCGCGAUUUUCUGAAAAUUUGUACUUUUUCCAACAGUGCAGGUCACAGAAUCUGAUGGGUCACCAAAAAUGGUGUAACACUGUCGACUUAGCUUUAAUCUUUAUCGUUCUUCCUUUAAAUGUUUAUUUACUUUGUCAAACUUCCUUGCAUGUCUCAGUCAAAAUGCUGGUCCAGGUGAAGUACAGCCAACAGCAGAAAUAUGUGAAGCUGGAUGAGGAUGAAGGACGGUUUGACUUUAUGCAAUUCCAUGAAAACGUCAUCGAGAGAUUUUUCCUGCCACCUGAUGCAAAAGUUAUAUACAAGGAUGCAACAGGGACAGAAGUUGAUGCAGAAAUAUUCAGCGACCUCGUUGGACAAGGCAAUGUGCUGCUGACACUAUUCUCAGAUCAGGAAUUCUCUGAUUUCUCCUUGUCUUCUGCUUCUGAGACAUCUGACUCAAGCUUCAGCUCAAGUGCAUCAACUAUAAUCCUAGAUGAUGUCCCUAGCAAGAGACAAAGAAUUGAGGAUACACAUGAUGCUGUGUCUGCUGAACAGUUGAUUGAAGCUGUGCUAAGAGGCAAGUCUGGGGGUGAAGAAGUACUACAGGAGUACCAAACAACAGAAACCCUAACAGAUGCUGCAAGAAGAAAAAUGGUUAACAUCCUGGUGGCUCACAAGAUUGACAAUAAUGGGCACCGCCCCACUAAAGCAAUCAGAGAAGAUUAUGCGCGUGGGAUAGUGAUGUUGUUCCCUUCCCUCAAGGAUCCAUACUCCAAGAAGGGCUAUGAACACUUCUAUGAUGCUGCAUGCAGCACAGGAUACAUUUCUUGGCGUCUGAAAACAGUCCAGAGGAAGAUUCGUCGCGGAUCUGCACUGCCACCAAAUAGCCCAAUUGACUUUUCUCCAGGGGGCCCAAAUUUCCAAAGGACUGUUAAUGUUGAAAGGCAGCUUGAUGGUGAUGCUUGCCAAGAGGCCAUGUCUUUGCUCAACCAUACCACAGACAAUUCCCUGAUUUUCCAGAAGAUGAGAGAGACCUUUCAGCACCGUCAGAAGCUCGUUAAUGACCCAGGCAGAAGUGUUGAUAUCCUCUCCAGCUUCCCAAGAUUCCUGGAUACAAAAGGAUUGGUGGACCAAGACUUCACUCUCCUAUUUGAUGGCGACACAUCCUCCAGGCUUCUUCAGAAAUGGGAUUUGUUCAAGCCAAAUGUCAUAAAAGAGGCUAAGCGGCUCACCUCAACACCAGAGUUGCGUCGCUUGGUGCAGUCAGCUGAAAGUCCCCCAAGAAGUGAUCUUGAUGAGCCAACAACCUACGACCAAGAAAUGGCUUCCCUGUUGUUGCUGUUACAUCUCCUUCCACCACCUCCAGGGGGACUGAAGUCUCCAAAAAUUAGUGCAUGUGAUGCAGUUGAGACUUGUUGUCUUUCAUAAGUCAUGCUGCAGUUUGGAGGAGCAUCUCCGCAACCAGCAGGGUCGUCAGCCGUACCUCCUCGCUGUUGGGUGUCAGAAGAGCAAGAUUGAGAGCUUCUACAUCACAAUGGAUAAGCGUCUCAUCCCAUGCAAGGCAAACCGCUUAAUUCAUUGAAGUAUUUCCAUGAUUGUAACAACUAUUCAUUUGAUAUCAUGCAUGAUCUUCUUGAGGGUGUGGUUCAGUAUGAGAUCAAAUUGCUUUUUGGAUAUCUCACGCAACACUUUAUGUCAGAACAGGACUUGCUUUCCAGGAUUUAUUGUUUUGAUUAUGGAUUUUUAGAAUGAAAAAAUCGUCCUACAAAGAUUAUUUUGGAGAGUGUUGGCAAUGGCAUUGGUUUGAAUUCUAUUCCGACAUUGUGUCUUGUGAAAAACAUCCCACUGUUGUUUGGUGACAUUAUUCCUGCAGGAAACAAAAACUGGAAUUUGUUACUGUUGUUACUUCAAAUAAUGAACAUAGUUUUUUCACCUUCUCUCACUCUAGGUAUGACAAUAUAUUUAAAGCAUUUGAUUGUUGACCACCACAAACUAUUUAAGCACUUGUAUCCACAUAGAAACUUGAUACCUAAGCAUCAUUUUAUGAUCCAUUACCCAUCUUCUAUAAGGAAAAUUGGCCCCUUAUUAUAUACGUGGUGUAUGAGGUUUGAGGCCAAACACAAGCUGUUAAAAGAUUGUUUUAAAAAUGUCAAAAACAUAACCAAGUCGCUUGCUAAAAAGCAUCAGAUGGCCAUUGCUUAUCACUGGGAAACCUUCACCCUCAAACAAAAUGAGUAUGGGCCAAUUAAAUCUUUUCUCUUCAGAGAUGAGAAUGUCGUCAACAAUGAAAUGCUUGAAACGAUCUUGUCAAAAGAUGUUUUCUCAACUAGUUGGGUUAAAGUUGAUGGUGUAGAGUAUAAAGCUGGACUAGUUAUUUGCAGUGCAAUGGAAGAAGACAUGCCAGUCUUUUGACAAAUAAGUGAUGUACUUUUGGUUGAAGAUCACUUUUUUUUUUACAAACAAGCUAUUUACAGAGAAUUUUGAUGACCAUCAUCAUGCAUUCAGAGUAUUACGAAGUGUGGAAAGAUGUCUACUAAAAAUGUCUGAGCUUAAAUUUCAUAAACCGUUUGAUAUUCAAAGCUCAUACAAUGUUUCAGAUGAAAGUAUGUACAUUAUACCUUCAUUCACAAUGUUUUAAUUCAACUGACUGCAAGGGAGAAAAGGCACAAAUAAAUGUUUUUGACAAUGA